AUGGAAUACGGGGUGCUUUGCAUUCAGGAAUACAGAAAAAGCAGCAAAGUGGAGUCAAGUACACGGAACAGCUUCAUGGGCUUGAAGGAUCAUCUGGGGCAUGACCUAGGCCACCUUUGUGUGGAGAGCACUGACCCACAUUUCAGCACAUCUGUACCUUGGUCAAUGGUAGAAAAACCAACAAUGGAUAGAGUUAAUUCCAGGAAGGAAGGAAAGGAGGUGUCGGAAGAGAAUGCGAGCUCUGGUGACUCUGAAGAAAGCACAAACUCUGAUCAUGAGUCCGAACAAUUGAGUAGCAUUUCAGUAGAGCCAUGCUUAUUAACCAAGACUCACAGACGACUAUGUAGGUCUCCCUGUUUAGAGCCUCAUGUCCUCAAAGGCAGUGAAAUCUCACAAGACUUGAAACCCGAAGAGCCCCAGACUGCAUCCAAGGAAGUGAAGAAACCUCCCGAUGUGGUGCGAGAAUACCAAACCAAACUGGAGUUUGCACUGAAGUUAGGUUAUUCUGAAGAACAGGUUCAGCUUGUGCUGAACAAACUUGGUACCGACGCUUUAAUCAAUGAUAUUUUGGGAGAACUUGUCAAACUUGGAAAUAAAAAUGAGGCUGAACAAACAGUUAGUACAGUUAACAGUAUAAUGCGGGAAGCGUCUUCACUGGAAUCUCAGCGGUCUGAUUCUCCAAUGCAAGAGAUUGUAAGCGAUGAUGGAGAGAACCUGAGACCUAUCGUCAUUGAUGGCAGCAACGUGGCAAUGAGCCACGGGAACAAAGAAGUAUUUUCCUGCCGAGGAAUAAAACUGGCAGUGGAUUGGUUCUUGGAAAGAGGCCACAGAGAUGUCACUGUUUUUGUUCCUGCCUGGAGAAAGGAGCAGUCCCGGCCCGACGCUCUCAUCACAGAUCAAGAGAUUCUUCGUAAAUUAGAGAAGGAGAAAAUCCUGGUGUUUACUCCGUCCCGGCGAGUCCAGGGCAGGCGCGUGGUGUGCUACGAUGACAGGUUCAUCGUGAAGCUGGCUUUCGAGUCCGACGGAAUAAUUGUGUCCAAUGACAACUACAGGGAUCUGGCUAAUGAGAAACCAGAGUGGAAGAAGUUCAUAGAUGAGCGAUUGUUAAUGUAUUCAUUUGUCAAUGACAAGUUCAUGCCCCCUGAUGACCCUCUUGGCAGGCACGGUCCGAGCCUGGACAAUUUUCUGAGGAAGAAGCCUAUUGUUCCCGAACAUAAGAAGCAGCCCUGCCCAUACGGAAAGAAGUGCACCUAUGGGCACAAGUGCAAAUAUUACCAUCCGGAAAGGGGCAGUCAGCCCCAGCGGUCCGUGGCCGAUGAACUCCGUGCCAUGUCCAGAAACACGGCUGCCAAGACUGCAAACGAAGGCGGACUGGUGAAGAGCAACAGCGUCCCCUGCAGCACCAAGGCUGACGGCUCUGCCGACGGCAAGCGAGGCGCCCCAAAGAGGCAGUCGGACCCCAGCAUCAGGACUCAGGCCUACUCAGACCUAGAGGAAAAGCUUCCCACCAAAAACAAAUUGGAAACCAGGUCUGUACCCUCCCUAGUGAGUAUACCGGCUACUUCUACUGCAAAACCCCAAAGCACUACAUCUUUAAGCAAUGGCCUUCCAUCUGGAGUUCAUUUCCCACCUCAGGAUCAAAGACCGCAGGGACAAUAUCCUCCAAUAAUGAUGACAACCAAAAAUCAUGGGACGCCAAUGCCUUACGAACAGUACCCCAAAUGUGACUCCCCUGUUGACAUUGGGUAUUACUCCAUGUUGAAUGCAUAUUCGAAUCUGAGUAUCUCGGGCCCACGGAGUCCCGAAAGGCGUUUUUCCUUGGACACGGAUUACAGGAUCAGCUCCGUGGCCUCUGACUGCAGCAGCGACGGGAGCAUGAGCUGUGGGAGCAGCGACUCGUACGUGGGCUACAACGACCGGUCCUACGUCAGUUCUCCCGACCCCCAACUGGAAGAGAACCUAAAGUGUCAGCACAUGUACCCUCACGGCCGCCUUAAUUCCCAGCCCUUCCUGCAGAACUUCCACGACCCCUUAACCAGAGUGCAAAGUUACAGUCACGAAGAACCAAAGUACCAUCACAAGCCGCCUCUCCCACAUCUGGCCCUGCACCUGCAGCACCCAGCUGUGGGGGCCCGGUCCAGCUGCCCUGGCGAGUACCCCUCUCCUCCGAGCUCCGCGCACAAGGCGCCGCACCUGGGGCGGUCCUUGGUGGCCACGAGACUGGACAGCAUCUCUGACUCCCGGCUGUACGACGGCUCCCCUUCGAGACAGAGAAAGCCUUACUCCCGCCAGGAGGGGCUGGGGGGCUGGGACAGGCAGGGGUACGGGGUGGACGCCUACGGCUACCGGCAGACCUACUCCCUGCCCGACAGCUCCACGCAGCCGUGCUACGAGCAGUUCACCUUCCAGAGCCUCCCCGAGCAGCAGGAGCCCCCCUGGCGGGUCCCGUACUGCGGGCUGCCCCCGGACCCCCCGCGCUACCCGGACAGCCGGGAGAAGGUGUACAUCAACCUGUGCAACAUCUUCCCGCCCGACCUCGUGAGAAUCGUCAUGAAAAGGAACCCUCACGUCACCGACGCCCAGCAGCUGGCCGCAGCCAUCUUAGUGGAGAAAUCGCAGCUGGGCUACUGA